UUCAGAGGGGCAGGGACCUAUUGGCGGUGGGAGCUCCAGGAGGAUAGCAGCUGUGGUGGGCACUUUGUGGGGAACUGCCGAGGGUUAGAGGAGAGCAUCGGUGGGCAAAAGGAGCGGGGGUGCAAGGCAAAAGGGGACCAGAGGGGGGCAGGCCUGUCCCACGUCAAGCCCCUGCUGCCCACAGGUCUUGAAGGGCUUGUGCCAUCACGCUAUAGCAAGGUACGGAGAUAAAGCCGGGCUUCUAGCUCCUCAUGGAGCUGGCCCCCUCAAGGAGCAUCCUGGUGUGGUUGCAGAGCCAAGAACCCUGCUCCCAGGGCCAGGCAGGGCUCUGGUUCUCCCAGCUGCUCCUCGUUCUGCCUUAUCUGCGCAGCAGGGCCAUCGUCCACUGGUGGGUGAGCAUGGCGGGGGCACAGGGUCCCCGCUCUGGCAGCUGGGGACAGAGCUCCCCGAGGCAACACUUGAAGGUGGAAAACCUUCUCCUGGACACCAGACCUUCUGCGGUUCCUAUUGCUUACGCCUGGACCAAGAUCCUGCAGGAGCAGCCCUACAACCCCGUCCUGGCAGACACCUGGAGCGCCGGGGUCAUCCUCUAUGCCCCGCUCCUGGGCUGAAUGACUUUUGAUGCCACCAACCUGCUGUGCCAGACCCAGCGGCCCCCCGUCUUCCCCCAAAG